CUCAAAACGAUGCCUGACGCCGUGAAAGCGCCCAAGAAGGGCUCCAAGAAAGCCGUCACAAAAUCUGCUGCGAAGAGCGGUAAGAAGAGGAGAAAGACCAGGAAGGAGAGCUAUGCUAUCUACGUCUACAAGGUACUGAAGCAGGUCCAUCCUGAUACCGGUAUUUCCUCUAAGGCUAUGGGGAUCAUGAACUCCUUCGUGAGUGACAUCUUUGAGCGCAUUGCUGGGGAGGCCUCCCGACUGGCUCACUACAACAAGCGCUCCACCAUCACCUCCAGGGAGAUCCAGACCGCCGUUCGUCUCCUCUUGCCCGGUGAAUUGGCAAAACACGCCGUGUCUGAAGGCACAAAGGCUGUGACCAAGUAUACCAGCUCCAAGUAGACUGCUUAACUGUAAACCAACCCAACGGCUCUUUUAAGAGCCAC